CAAAAGUUUUUCUUAAGUUCUUAAGCAAUUUUUUAAUAUCAGAAAGCUGCAAUGGCAACCGAGCGAUCAAGCACAAUCAUCUUCCUUUCCGUUCUUGUACUUGUUUUGGUCUUCUCUCCGAUCCUUCCAUGUCAAGCAGCUCGAGUGCAUUUCGAUGCUGAAGGUCGUGUGCUGCUGAAAGAAAAGUCCACAGACGACUUAUAUUGCCCGGCUUGUGUGUGUUGUGGACCGGCUCCAAAAGGUGGUUGUUGCCCAUGCCGAUGUUAACGCUCCCUAAAGACUGCAACUUUGAUUUUCAGCUAUAGCAUGUGAUGGGUUUGAUAUUUGUAGACUAUUAAUUAAAUAUAUGUGUAUAUGAAUAAAUAAGCAAGUCAAAAGCGUAGACUCUGAUUACUCAAGAAACUGUA